AAAUAUAGAUUAAAAAUGAGAGUGUUCACAUUAAUAACAGCAUCUGCAUUAUUAGUUCCAAUAUUUUUACCUUUUGGAAGUGCUGUGAUGAGGUUCGUGCUUGAUGAAGAAAUAACAAAUUGUGGAAAUGAGGAUUGGAUGGUUGAUCUUACGAAUUUUAAGCUUAUCAUAGUCAACGACACAACAACAGUAGCUAAUGGAACUUGCAUUCUUUUAACCGCUGUAAACACUCCAUGGAAGCUUAAUUUUUAUGGAGAACAGUAUGAACGUGGACAUUGGAUGAAAAAAUUCGAAAGGAAUUUCCAAGAUUUUUGUAAAAAUAUUUUAAAGCCGGGCGAACUUUGGUAUGAUCCAUUCAACAAGAAGUUAAAAGGAAAGCAAUGUCCAUACAAUAAAAAUCAAAUAUUUCCUGCUGACGAGGACACUGUGUAUUUUGAUGUAAGCUAUAUGCCUCCAACAUUUCAAGGACGAUGGAGAUUUACGAUAGAUGGUGAUCUUGGUUGUUUUCGAGUUCGAUUUGAUUUUGUGGAUUUUUAA